GGAGGAUGCUGGAGGAGUUUCGUAGCGGCUCUCACUCACUCCAGCAGCUGUUACUCCACACAUCACUCCAGCAAUGGCCAACGCAGGGCUGCAGCUCCUCGGAUACUCUUUGGCUUUUCUGGGUCUCCUGGGUCUCAUCGCAUCCACGGCCAUGUCUGAGUGGAAGAUGUCCUCAUACGCCGGAGACAACAUCAUCACUGCGCAGGCCGUGUAUGAGGGGCUCUGGCGCUCCUGUGUGUAUCAGAGCACCGGACAGAUGCAGUGCAAAGUCUACGACUCCUUACUGAAGCUGCCAGGAGAGGUUCAGGGGGCUCGUGGUUUCAUGAUCACCUCCAUCUUGCUGUGUGGCAUCGGUCUGCUGGUCGCUGCCGUCGGCAUGAAGUGCACCACCUGUCUGUCUGAUGAAAAGGAACAGAAGAACAAAGUGGCUGUGGCUGGAGGAGCUCUCUUCAUCAUCGCAGGGGUUUGCGCUCUUGUUGCCACCAGCUGGUAUGGAGACAAUAUAAGGCGUAGGUUUUUUGAUCCAUUUACUCCUACAAAUUCAAGAUAUGAGUUCGGGAAGGCUCUGUACGUGGGCUGGGGCGCGUCGGCUCUGACCCUCAUCGGCGGGAUCAUGCUCUGCUGUAACUGUGGGAGUAAACCCGUGGGAAAAUCCUACCCGCCUCCUCUCGCCGCAGGAAAACCUGGAACCGACCGCGUGUGAAUCCAGUCACUAGCAGCUCAUGAACACUG